AUGAAAGAGGAGUGCCUAUAUGCAUCAACCACUAAGAUUAAAUCUAUCGAUAUAAGUCAGCCUGGAGAAAUGCAUUGUGUGAUAACUGCAGCAGAGCUUCGCUGCUACAAAGCCGAUCCCGGUCAUGGUAUGAAAAUUGAUGAAUUAUUCAAUUUUUUCAUUUACAAGGAAGAGGGUUCUAGUUCAGUUCUGGUAGUUGAAGAUUUAGCAAUCUUCAGCUCGAGCAUUUAUCAAUGUGUAGAAUCAGGUAGAUCUUUAAUGUCGAUUUUGAAAUUAUUUUAUUAA